ACAGAAUGGGAUGUCUGUGUUUGAGGAAGUUCUCCUCGUAUCCCUCAGUUCCACAAGAGAUUAUGAACACCCUCAGGAUGAAUACAGCACUAAGUCGUAGUCAGAUCAAGUAUCUGUAUAUUCGAUUCCACCAGUUUUCAGGAGGAGGCAAAGAUCCCCCAAGUCAUCUGCACAAGUACAAUUUCUAUUCAGGACUACUGCAACUAAACCCCUUGCUGCCCACCAUAUUGAACUCCAUGUUCGGGAAUAAAGUGACAAUUACCUUUGUGGAUUUCGCUCUGUUUCUGAGCACCUUUCAGGCCCAUUCUCUUAAAACCUCCAAUGAGCUAAAAAAUGUGAUGAUGGACAAGAAAUUAAGGUUAAUUUUCAACAUGUACGAUAACAACAAGGACGGUCGUAUUACAAAGUAUGACUUGGUUGUAGUUGUCCACAAGCUGUUCUCAAAUCUAUUGGAUCACGUGCAGAUAAUGCGCAUUGUGAAUACCAUAAUGAAGGAAAUGGAUCAUACGGACUCGAACCAAAUAAUGUUCCAAGACUUCUGCAAAGCAUUCGCAGUCUUCGACAUGACCGAAAUGAUGGUCACCUGGAUACCCGAAUACCAUGGUCGAACCACAGAUGAUUUGUAAUAAGUAAUUCGUUUAUUUAUUCAACUGCACAAAAAUUUGAAAAUUAAAUGUACACAUGAUUU